AUGGCACCCGCAUCUUCCUCGCGAGGAGGCCAGACGAGAAGAGCGGGAGCGGGCGACUUCGAUGAUCAGGCUUGGGGCAUCGAAUCCGACGACGACGACUUUGUCACGCAGAUUGCACCGCGCACCAACGUUCCUCGCAGCCUCAAACCCUCAUCGCGCUCCUCGUCCUAUUCGUCAACCCACCAGCAGCCGCAGCCGCCGCCGCCGCAGCAGCAGCAGCCACAAAGGCAAAGCGGCAACAGCACACGACCCCAGCCACACAGCAACCUUCCUUCUUCUUCUUCUUCGCUUCCGACCCAUUCGUCCACGUCGGCCUCCAUCUCGACCGCGGCCGUCCCCAUCGCGCGGCGCGACUCGCGCAACCGGCGCACGAGCUGGACGGUCAUCGACAAUCAGCAAGGCGCAGGCCUCGUCGGUGCUCAAGAUCCGCUCGACCAAACCCCCAUCGCGGGCAGUCCGCCUACAGAUCUCGCAGAUGCCGUCGCAACGAGCCUCGCACUCGAUCGCGCCAACAGCGGCGGCAGCGGAGCCGGCUUCCAGCUUGUCGACGACGAUCCACGACAGCUCGAAAGCGCCAGCGAGACCGAAGAUGUGGACCUUGACACGGGCAAGCCGGUCCGCCGCAAACGUUCGCAACGUGCAGCGCGCAAACUCAGCUCGGGAACCAGCGAAGCAGAGACACUUCGUCGAUCGUUGCGCAGCGAUUUGGACCACCUCGUGCGAGACCCAGCCCACGCCCUGACUCGUCUCGCUGCGCAAUGGUCUGCCUCUGCAAACCGUCCCAGCCCAGCUACUGAAGACGCUGCCGAAUCCGUCCCGCAGCCACUCACCACCACUAGCGGACUUGGACCGACAAAGCACGACUUCACCUUUGACCCUAUCGCAGCAGCCGGCGACGGACUCAUCAUGACUGGUCCUAGCUUUGCAGACACGGCCUCAUCGAAUCAAGGGCUGUCCACCUCAUCGUCCUCCGCUUGCUACUUGGACAGCGCCGCAAAUGCGGAAAGUGCAGAUGUCAGCUUCAGCAACGACAAGGCCAAUGCGACACAAGACGGUACAGACCAAAGCGCUAAUGGAGCUGCAACCAACGGCAGCAGCCCUGCGCGCAAACGCAGCGUACGCACAUCCCGACGCCGCCAACAGCUUCUCAGCUGCCUGUCCAAGCAGAGUGUCGACAUGGCGUUGCUCCGCACGCUGGCCUGGGCCGGUGUUCCCGACGAGCUGCGGCCCAUCGUGUGGCAGCUGCUGCUGGGCUAUCUUCCCGCCGUGGCAUCUGUGCGUGCGUCGACACUGUCGCGCAAACGAGCCGAGUACGCCGCCGGGGUGGAGCUGGCGUUUGCAAAAGGCAUCGCCGCACUCGACCAAGCGAUUUGGCACCAGAUCCACAUCGAUGUGCCCCGUACCAAUCCGGGCAUCCGUCUAUGGCAACGCCAAGCAACCCAACGAUCGCUGGAAAGGAUUCUGUACGUCUGGGCGAUCCGGCAUCCUGCUAGCGGCUACGUCCAAGGCAUCAACGAUCUUGCCACGCCGUUCUUUGAAGUGUUCCUCAGCGCUUACAUCGAGUCGGAUCCCGAGCUGUUUGACGUGGCGCUGCUGCCAGCCAACGUGCUGGAAGCCGUCGAGGCCGACACGUUUUGGUGCCUCUCGAAACUGCUCGACGGCAUUCAGGACAACUACAUCUUUGCACAACCGGGCAUCCAGCGCCAGGUGCGCCGUCUCGGAGAGUUGGUUGCACGAAUCGAUGCGCCAUUGCACGCUCACUUGCAGGAGCAGGGCGUAGAGUACAUGCAGUUUGCCUUUCGCUGGAUGAACUGCUUGCUGAUGCGAGAGAUGAGCGUACGCAACAUAAUCCGAAUGUGGGACACCUAUCUGGCUGAGGGGCCAGAUGCCUUUUCCGACUUUCAUCUCUAUGUCUGCUCCGUAUUUCUGCACAAGUGGACGGACAAGCUACGGACGAUGGAUUUCCAGGGCAUCAUCAUGUUCCUGCAAUCGUUGCCCACGCAGAACUGGUCCGACAAGGACGCAGAGAUGCUGUUGAGCGAGGCGUUCAUGUACAAGACGCUGUUUGGAAACACGGCGCAUCUAAACAAGUGA